AGAACUCGUUUGCCUUCGGCCCGGGAGCUCGGGCCGGGAGGACGAGCCCGGGGCGGACGGGAGGCAUCGCUCGGGGCUCGGCGGCGCGCGCCCGUGGCGCUCGCGUGGGCAGGGGGAGGCGAGGGCUGAACGAGCCUCUGGGAGCGGGCCCGCAGCGCGGGCAUUCGGCGUCCCCGCGGGCGCGAGGAGCGGGAGCCGCCUGCCCCCCGGCCGGGGAGGGGCGGCCUGAGGGCGGCGGGGUGCGCGCCGUGCGGUCCCUGCUCGCCGCUUCCCGCUGGAGAUGAGGAGGCGGCCGCUGCUGCCUCCGGGUCUGGCUGCGGGGGAUAAGCCUGGGUAAAGGCUCCACCGAUAUCUUUUAACGGAGGCGGGGGUGAAGCGAGGUCCCGGCGUGCGGAGGGGCUCCGGGCAGAGCGAGGGCCGGGGGCCGGGAGGAUGGUAAGGGGCCGACGGGGUCCCGGCACAGCUCUCGCCCUCCGCCCCUCUGCCGCUCAGCCCCGCUGCCUCCCUGCGUGCGCGGGGCCGAGGCGGCGGCGGGGACCUGUUGUGCCGGGGGAGGCGGGGGCUACGGCGGCCGGCGCCGCCCGGGGCGCGGGGCGGGGACGCGGUUCCGCUCGGCGCCGCGGCGGAGAGGGGGGGAUGAGGCGCUGCCGCCCGGCUGCCCGCCGGCCGCCCGCCCGGCCCCGGCCCUGAGCCAGCGGCCGCCGCUCCUCCCCGGCCGGAGGGCAGCGCCGGGAGGGAGUCGGAGCCGCGCCGCGCGCGCUGCUGGCUUUUUCUUUCUUUAAUGAUUUGUCACGCGUGUCUCUUGGGGGAGCGUUUUAGCAAUGGUCAUUUUUAGCAGUGAAAUCUGCUGCGCGAAGGAGGAUUAUACCAAAUCGCUAUGAAUGAUAGACUCGAUUGCUAAACCUUGCCUUGGCCAACCUCCUGACCUGCGGAGAGGGCUCUCGGGGUGUGCGUGGGAAGGAAGAAACACCCUCCCCUUCGAAAAUAAACUCGGAGAAGAGAAAGCCUGAUCCUUGUUUUAAAUUUUAUUUUUGGACAGCUGAACUGCUUCGUAAUUUUUUUUUUCUUUUUUGGUCUCGUUUUGUCAUAAUUUGCUUUACAAAGGAUUCCCCUACGUGAUGGUUUUGUAACUGGUGGAGGAAGGAAGGACCCCUCGGAAGUGUUUGUGAUAUGACAGCUUUGGUUCCCGAAGAAUUAAACCGUGUGUGCAUAGUGCCCCUAUUGCUGCUGUGGUAGCGGAACUCAUUUCUUUAACUGGGACUGGAGGAGAGGGCUGCCUCGGUCAGCAGGAGCCUUGCACAGAUUUAUAUCCCGUGUACUUCUUGGUGGGGUUCUCCCCACACCGUACUCUCUCUUGAUGACACCUGGAGGUGGCAGUGGGCCCAUGAAAGACUGCGAAUACAGUCAGAUCAGCACACACAGCUCUUCGUCUCCCAUGGAGUCUCCCCAUAAGAAAAAGAAGACAGCUCCCAAGAGAAAAUGGGAGGUUUUUCCUGGAAGGAACAAAUUUUUCUGCAAUGGGAGGAUCAUGAUGGCUCGGCAGACCGGGGUCUUCUACCUGACUCUCGUGCUCAUCCUGGUCACCAGCGGGCUGUUCUUCACAUUUGACUGUCCAUAUUUAUCAGAGAAGAUUACACCUGCUAUACCUGCAAUUGGUGGGAUACUUUUCUUUUUCGUGAUGGGGACCCUGCUGCGUACUAGUUUCAGUGAUCCUGGUGUCCUCCCACGUGCAACACCAGAUGAAGCAGCAGAUCUAGAGAGACAAAUAGGUAACACUGAAGAUAUUGCAAAUGGCUCCAGUUCAGGAGGAUACCGCCCCCCUCCCAGAACAAAAGAAGUGAUCAUCAAUGGACAGACAGUGAAACUAAAAUACUGUUUUACUUGCAAGAUUUUCCGCCCACCUCGUGCCUCACAUUGCAGCCUUUGUGAUAACUGCGUAGAACGGUUUGAUCACCACUGUCCCUGGGUAGGCAACUGUGUGGGGAAAAGAAACUACAGAUUUUUUUAUAUGUUUAUUUUAUCUCUGUCCUUUCUGACAGUCUUUAUAUUUGCAUUCGUUAUCACCCACGUCAUUCUUCGUUCUCAACAAGCAGGGUUCCUCAAUGCCCUGAAGGACAGUCCUGCAAGUGUGCUGGAAGCUGUGGUGUGCUUUUUCUCCGUAUGGUCCAUUGUGGGCCUCUCAGGUUUUCACACGUAUUUGAUCAGCUCCAAUCAAACAACAAACGAAGAUAUUAAAGGAUCGUGGUCAAAUAAAAGAGGUAAAGAAAACUAUAAUCCAUACAGUUAUGGCAACAUCUUUACUAAUUGCUGUGCUGCACUCUGCGGGCCCCUCUCUCCAAGCUUAAUUGACAGAAGAGGAUUUAUACAACCAGAUACACCACAAUUAGCAGGACCAUCAAAUGGCAUUACUAUGUAUGGGGCCACACAAUCUCAGAGCAACAUGCAAUGACUAUCAUAAUGGAAGAUAGGAUUUCCAGUGUCAAGAAGAAGAGAAUAACUCAGAGAUCUUUUUCCAAAGGCAAGCAUCCUACAUAUGUGCCUGUUUCUGAGUUGUUUUCCACACAUCUUGAAUUUUAAGAUUUUGUCAAAGAAGCCGUGAGUUAUGUACUCUCUGCCAACAAAGAGGAGGCCACAAAGACUUCCAAUGUAACUCUUCCCAAACAGAUUAGUUCCAGCAUUGCUGAUAAACUGGUGUAAAAUUAUUGCUCUAGUUCCUAUGCUUUUUCUACUUAUUGAGUAUUAAGUGGAGGAUUAGUUGUUCUCCUUAAUGUGAUUCUAAUACAUUUCUUCAUACAGGCUGAAUUUUCUGUGAGAUUCAGUUGUGCAGAACAAGGUAACGCUCUGUGGAAACUUUACUCAAAAAAAUUUAACCCUGAAAAGGAGGAGUUGUUAAAGGAGGGAAAAGAAAGCAAAACACAAAGUUAGCCCAAGUUCUUUCAGGGAUUGCCUAAACUUUCUGACUUUGUGAAGACAUCUCUUAUUUAUGAUCAUAAGCCCUGAGUAGGUUCUUUGCAUUAAACUAUGUUAACAUUAUAGAAAUUAAAGUCACGUUGUAAGAAGACAAUGUAUGAGAUGUUAAUGACGACAUCUUGCAUCAGUUUGAUAGAAGAUUAGCUGAAUUUGUCUGCAGAAAUGGAGAUACCUGUUAUAGUAUUACUUUAAGUCAAACAGGUAGCUGUUAUGAUUUUAGAGUGUAAUACCUGUAAAUACACAAAUGCAUUUCUUCAAGGAUUUGAACUCCUUACAUCCUAGAACAUCACAUGAUCUGAGCCAGGACAGGUGUAGGUUCUUUAACAGUUAUCAAAGUCACUUUGAAACGUACAGCUUUCAUUCCUGAAGAUGAUCUCACAGAAGAAGCUUUAAAUAUGUAACAGGGUCAUAUUUUGCAUGGAGGAAUCUCUUUGAGACGCUAAUGCCAUUUUAUCUCAGGGUAUUAUUCCUGGUCUGUAUCCAAGACCAGUUGGAUUCUAGUGGCAGCUGACUAUUAGCAUUAAAAUUUCUCUAGUGUUUUGCUGCAAGCUUUUAAAGAUCUGCUUAGUUUCUUUGUCUCUCUAGCACUGUUUUCUUUAUUCAUAAUCUUUCUCUCUUUCCUGAAUUGUUUGAGGCAUAGGAAAUUAUAAAUUCAUUUCCUUCCUGCAGCAGUGCAGUGCGAUAUAACUUCUUAAUUGUUCUUAUUUCAUGUUUUGCUUUUACUGCAUUCUGAAGUAGUAGACCUUGAACCUAUCUUUGUUCUUCUCUCUCCUACUGCAUAUCUCACAAAGCAUCAAACAACAAAACCAAUUUUCCUAAUCCAAAGAUCUCAUCCACGUGUCGAACUCUUUAAAAUAAAUUCUAAUUCACCUUUCUACUAGCUUAGCUGCCUUCAGCCAUUCUACUUGGCUUCAAGAUUUUCCAUUGCAAUUUAAAUAUAACAGGAUUAAUCAAGUAAAAUGUCAUCACUCUGUUUAAAACUUUUCCUAUGAAGUGACUUGUAAUGCUUUUCCCAGCUUUACAUAAACAGUCUCUCUCAUCCCAGUAUACAAUCUUAGUUUCUUCAGAAGUUUGGGGGCAGCAGUGCUGGGAAUGCCAACCAUUCACUUGGUUUCCAAAAAAAAGACUGCUGUGGUUUUUUCAAUGAAAGGCAGUGUGGUACACUUUAUGGUAGAGGACAAACAAGGCACUUGACACUCCAUUUAUUUUAGAGAAGGAAUCACUACAAAAUUCUCCAGAAUUCCUUUUACUCGGAGUUCAGAAGUGAACAUCAGAAUUUCCUUUGGUGAUGAAGUUUUCAGUAAUUGACUGGCUCAAGCCCAAGACUGCAGUUGAUGAGGAACAAGAGAAGGAAGGUCUCUGUGGAAGAAAAGAUUUUCUUUUUACCACUCACUAACAAAGGUUAGGCAAUACACAGAAUAUUAUUCUGCCUUCCCUUCUGGAAUGUUGCAUAUCUCUUGGGAAUAAAGGCAGAGACCUACAGUGAAAAAUGUGUUCUUGGAGCUGAGGCAGGUAGGCCUCAAAGAAGUGUCUGUUUUGAAGGGUGUGUAUCUGAAACUCUGCAGCUUGUAUUAGUAUACGUUCUGAAAAGGAGAAAUAAAAUGAUAUUUCUUGACUUAAAAUCAUAUCUUAAUAUCAUAUUUGUAGUCCGUAAGUACUGUUUAAAUAGGCAGAGUUUUAGCCAUUUUUAUAUCACCAGGGAUAAUUACGCUAUUCUAGCAAGUUGACUGACUGUAGCAAAUCAGUUAUCAGAAGUCUAAAGUAUAUUCUAGUACAAUUUUAUAGCAAGACUCCUUUUAUUUUUUUCAAGAAUGCAUUACAUCUUAUGUCUGUAUUGAAUCUUACCUUCUAGACGUUAUACUAAAUCCACAGAAUGUACUAAAAUAUCUCUUGCCAAUUGAUAUCAAAGGAAAAAUGUGAUGAGUGUUUUCUCUCAUGCUUUUACUCUCUUUUCCCUCAUUUCAUCCUCUUCCUCCAAUCUUUUACCCACUGACUGGUACCUUUAUAAACAGAAUUAUUUUGUCUCGUCCAACGAGCCUUUGGUCAUUUUUUGAAUCUCUCUAGGAUGCUUAAUGUUAUAUUUUGCUUUCAUUCAUUCUAAUGCAUUCCUAGGAGAGAUCAUUGUUUCUGCAGUUAAGUUAAAAAACAAAUAUCAAUCUACAUUUAAACUUGUCAGACACUUGUUUUCAGUGUAGUACAUUAUCGCUUAUUCAGGAUACCAUCUGUGAGGUGCUGUUUUUGUAUUUAAAAGUUUUUAUGGUGUUUUUGCCUUUGAGACAUAGAAUGUUUCAUAUAAGAUCUGCUCUGUUUUUGUUAUAGACUCUUUUUGAUCUCAUGAUCUCAGAAAGUGGGGAGUUUUGUUAUUAUCAGCGCUUCAAAGGCCCAUACUAUGAUUUCUUUUAAUUUUAUUUUUUAGGUCUUUUUACAUAAAGAACUUUUUCUCCUGUUCUGUCCUUACUGCCUGCCUUAUGCUAGUAAGAUAUGAAGCUAUACUCACUUUUCCGAAGGCCAGUACCAUGUACAAUUUUUUUUUCUGAAACGUUCCUAGUGCUUUUGAUCUCUUCUUCAAUAUAAUUUUAAAUGAAUCUGGUAAAUUUAUUAGCCAAUUUCUUAAUAUACUUAUCCACAUGACAGGCAUGAUUGCUUGGAGCUAAUGAUGUGUAGAUCUCAUAUUUCCAUAGUAUUUCCCUAUUAGCAUUUUAUUGCUAAUUAUUUUUACAAGCUUUUCAUUAGCUUCAUUGCCCAAGUAUUUCUCUUCUCAGUCUAAAGAAGUGGAGCGGUUGUGUGGAGUGCAGCAUUUUAACCGUUAUGAAAUCAUUUCUUUGUAAGGUUUACUUUCUUGAUAUUAUGGGAAAGUUCUUAAUUCUUAAACCCAUUAGCUGCUAUUACCUGAAUCUGCUCUUCUGCAGUAUUUAGCUUUAUCUUAAAAGCCUGAGUUGAUUCUUGGGUUUUAAUUCAGGGUUUUUUCCUCUUUAGUAGUCCACUGUAAAGAAACACAGAAUCCAUCUCACUCCAUGCACUUUUUUGUUCCUAAAGAGGAACUUGCUGUGUUUACUUUUACUGUUAUGUCUUUAGGAAUUCUCUAAUGCCUUAUUGAAGUGCUAGUUUUUACUUUUGUCUGCCUUUGAAUCAGGACAGGUUCAUUUUAUAAAGAUGCUUAAAGAUGCUUAGCGUGCUUAUUCUACAGCAUUGUAGGUAUCUCUCUGUCAGUGCUUAGGUAGCUGCUUGUUAUCCAGACUCCCUUAUAUUCAAUUCUCCAUUUCCUCAAUGCAAGUUCAGUAGUGAAAGUGUUUGUUUUCUCUUUUAUUCUAUUACAGUGCAUGUGCAACUUACGAUUACCUGUGAAAUGUGCAGCAAGUCCUCUCUUGAAUGUUCAUAGCAGUAUUUCUAGUACUGAUUUGCAAAAAGGAUUCCAGCUGAUCCAGGGAAUGUUUACUCUGACUUGUCCCAUUGUUCUUUCCCCUUUGUUUUUCAUAUUCUCAUUAUUAGGGGUAAAUAUUUCUACCAUGACAAUGCAAAGGUCAGCAAAGAUUGGGUCCCACUUUGCUCAGAGUUUUACAGGUGUGUUCCCUUGUAUAUUUACUGUAGUACUGUUAUUUUUCAUGGCCUCAGACAGAGCUUAAGGAUCUUACCGAGUCAUCAGUACUGCAGCCAAGCAGAGCAGUAUCAGAGUGCAUAGACUAGACUUCUUUCAGAAGUUUUGCUCCUAGACUUCCCCCAGUAUGUUCUAACCAUUCCUGGGCAUUCAGUCCACAAGAAGAAGCUGUUAACUAGUCUUGAAGUAAAAUCCCUGGAAGAGCUCUCCCUUCACGUCAGAGCUGUUUCUCUCCACUGACCACUCCGUUGCACUGCACUUCUUGUUAGUGGAGCUGUCCAUUGUCUGCUGUGCUUGUGGCUCGGCUGCUGCACAGUACCGUGAUGCUGGCUGUAGAAUCUUACAGCCCUUGUGAACAGUUACACAGCUCCAUCCCUCCGCUCUUUGCUCAUCUAUCAUAUUCUAUAUAGUGCAGUAUUUCAGCAUCUUUUCUGUUACUGCCUAGCGCUGUCAUUCAGUGUUGUCAGAUGUCUGGACUUUUUGUUUGUACUUCAUAGAUGCUCAGAUAAUUCAACCUAUUUUUUCCUCAUCUUUGAGGACUGUAAAAAUUCUUUAAUGUUACCAGCAUUAGAACAAUUUUAACCUACUUCAUUUUAAAUUCAAAGUAAUUUAUCUCUGCAUUGGCAUUAGAAAUGUGAAAACAACACUGCCAUGUACAAGAGCUUUGUUAACAUGCAUGUUUUAUGUGUCUUAGGAGAAAAGCUGAUUUUCUAGAGAAAAUUAAGACUAUUGUUUCAGGCAAAGUUGUUUGUAUUUGUUUGUGAAAUAAACUCAGAGUUUUAGAUUGUGUCUAAUUUGCUUUGGUUAGUGACUUUUAAUGUAAAAAUAAAUAGCGAUGGCUGAAAUUUUCUAUGCAUAUAUAUUGAAAUUCUGUACUUGUAGAAUUUAUUAAACUUGUCUUACCUUUGGAAUAUGCUGUUCCUUUGAAACAGUGGAAAUUGCGAGUAGAAAAUAAAAUCAGUAGAUCUUAA